AUGGCCACCGCCAUCUCGGUGCGAAUACCUGCUGGUAAAUUAGGCACAGUUCGUGUGGAUCGAACUGUCGAUAUUUAUCCAGCUUCCGUUAAUAACGAUGGAAAUGAUUUCAAUCCAAAUACCUCAUCGCCGUCAUCAUGUGUUCCAACUAUGGCAUUACAUCGCCAAUUGACGAAGACAGCUGUAACAGCAAGUCCAACAACACUGAUCAUUGAUCAUAGUGAACAACUACAAGCGGAACACGACGAGGCACAUAGUUAUAUUCCUGUUACCAAAUGGUUCGAUACAUCUAAUGGUAAUAAUAAUAAUAACAAUAAUAACGGUCAUGAUGAUGAACAAGUAUCUGAUAUCGCAGUUAUCUAUUCGGUAGUUCGAAAUCCUCCAACACGAGGAGCAUCGUCACCGAAAAUUGUCGUUUCGCCUACAUCAUCGAAUGUGAAAAGUAAUACUCCACGUCCCUAUGGAGCGAAAAACUAUGCAUUGGAAGCACCAUUAACACCUGUCGUUACGCAUACUUCAAAACAAGCGCAAAUCAAGUCACUAUCCUCAACUCGUACAAAUACUGCUCCUACUCUCACUUCGACAUCCGCGCCAACAUCACCUGAAUCCUGUUUAACGACGAAUUUAAUUCCAACUAAUCCGCCAUCUAUACGUAUACAAUCAUCGACUUCAUUUACAUCUCAUGACCGACCAUCAAUACCAUCUGUUGCUAUAAAACCACGUCCAUAUUCUUUUCGAAGUGCCAUUAAUCCGCCUAAUGAAACAUCAACACUACAGAAGGCAAAGACGGUAACCGUCACAACACUUUCGACGAAAUCGAAUAGUACAGAUAGUUCUCAAUCGCUACGUUCACGUCGUUCAUUUCGAGCUGCACCUCGGAAUGUGAUUGAACGACAACUAUCGAAUUUAACAGGACGUGUAUCACAGUUACACGAUUCAUUUCUUGCUCGUCUAUCAGAUUUCACAUCGAGUACGAGUAGUCGCCAUCGAAAUCGUUCAUUAACAUCGUUACAUACGAAUUCAGUUAACCCAACUAAUCUUCCUGACACCGAUUCACGUUCGACACAAAACUCUUCGACAGCACGUCAUCAGCGACGUUCAGUUAAACCUCGACCGAAAUCGGAAACCUAUGAGGAUCAUCAUCGUGUCAAUGCAGCGGGUUCAUAUGCUCAAUUGACUCUUCUCGGUCAACCCAAACUAGCUUCAACAUCCGCUCAAAAACUGACGCCAAGUGAUAAUCAAAAUGGUCGCGUAGCGUUUCGAACAAAUCCAUCAACAGGUUCUAUUCCGGAACGAUCGAAUAGUACGAUUAGCACACAAUCUUUGCAAGCAACGUUUGAUAACAAAAAAGCGAAAGAAAGCUAUGAACGAAUUGCCAAACAACUUGAGAAAUCAAAAGCAGAUCUAGGAAGACAACGUACCAAAGGUCCAAAUCACAAUCCAACAAAAGUAGCAUUUAUUGAAAAUCAAAUUCGACAAUUCGAACAACAAUUAAGUGAAAUCAAACGACCAGGAGAAUUAUCGGAGUCAUCAAUCGAAAUUUCACCGGUCAAACCAAGUUUUAGUGUUGAUAAUCUCGGCAAUCAACCUGAUCUAUCAUCGUCCAAUCGAACAUCAACUCAAUCUGAUACUCCCAGUGGUCACAAGAAACAGAAUUCUUUACCUGAAUCAUCUGUUCUACAAGUUAUGAAUGUUGCUAUUCCGACAGCACCAAAUCCGACGACAUCAGUUAGUUCAUCAUUGCAGAAUAUUAAACGUAAACUGCAUUCUGGAAAGUCUGAGACUUAUGAUCUAGCAAAGUAUGGAGAUCCAUCUAAUACAAUUCUUCCAGCAGAUGAAAAACAUGCAUUUCGGGAUACACUCGAUAAUGAUGAUGAACUUACUGAACUACCAUCAAAAACAUCUAUAUCAUCCUUCGAUGAUAUUCAACAGAAUAUCAAUAAUUCUAAUUGGACACCAUUAACUAUUUUUCUUAGUUUUCUUUUCAAUGAUCCAAACAGUGAUCCAACUCACAUGCUAUUCUACUUUCUAACGGAAGAAUUACGUGUAAAAAAAGCUGAGAAUCGAAGCGAACUAAUUCGAUGGAUAUUUGAAAUUCAUUCCACAUUCACUAUGAAUGGCAGCCCCUUGUACAUUGGCCUUCCACAAGUACAAACAGAUUCAAUACAUCGUCAUUUAGAAACUCAACAACAAGAUAUUAAUGAGGAUAUAAAAUUAGUUUUUAAUGAUGCGAAAGAUUUUGCACGAUCAGUUAUUAUCGAUAAACAAUUACCUGAAUUUAAUCACAAACGAACACUAGGUCUUUAUCGUGAUGUUGAUUUCUCUUCAAGUACAAAACAAACUCAUUUCAUCGAAGAAACACUUCGAUCGAAGUUCGAAUCGUAUUACAAAGCAAAUAUUGAUGAUUGGAACAGUAUUAAGAAUUCGAAAGAUCUGGCAUUGUUAUGUUCAUUAGCGACAUAUUUAAAACGUUGUGAUAUUAAAAAAUGUGGAAACAUUCCAUUGGAAAAAAUUCCGAAGUUUCUCGAUCGGGAACAAAAACGUCUAUUAUCGAAGUUACCGCGAGCAACAGUAUCGAAACGAAUUAAAGAUCAUCAAUUGAAUGAACAUCAAUUCACCAUUCAAGUUCUAUGCAAAGUUUGUUCGAAACCAUUGUGGGGAAUCAACUAUCAAGGUUAUCUCUGUGGAUAUUGCCAACAAGCAUUUCAUCGUGAAUGUGCAUCGAAUAGUGAAAAAUGCUCAAAAGAUCGAAAAACUCAUAGUAUUACUAAUCCUGUUCUAAUUAAACCACGAAAAACGCCGAAAAAUCCCUCGAGUCCAACAAGAGCUUCAAGUUUAAAUGAAGGACGUGAAGGAAGUCUUCCCAAUGAUGUCUAUGAAAAUAUGUCAGCAAUCAACGAAAACAAUGGUAAAUUGAUCGUUCUUCCAGAGUUUUCUUUAUCAUUUGCAUCUCGUUCAGAUCCAUCCAAUGCAAAUUUAUUAUCUAUCCAAGAACAGAAUAAGAAUUCAACUAGCUUGGGACGACGUUUCAGCGACCGGCAAGCAACACCGAAUCGACCGACGUCGAAACAUCGUUCGAGCAGUGAAAGCGACGCGAGUGAUCUUGAGGGCAAUCCACAAAUGGGAGGAAAUACCAUCGACGAGCUGCUCAGUCGUGGCGAAAGCGAAGUUAUGCUUCAACAACAAGAAUCCAUCAAUUUCAAAGCCAAUUCAUUUGAUCUACCGACAAGUCCUGAGCCAUUGAAUCAACAAUCUACACCCACGGAUGGUGAUAGUGAUCUUGAAGCUGAUGUUAAUACAUUGCCAAAUCUAAGCGAUUUUAUUCCUAACGAUGUUCUUCAAGCACUCUAUCAAUCGCGUGAAUGGAAAUUACAAACAACGAUUAAUGAGUUAAUCCAUACGGAACGAACACAUUUGAAAGGUUUAAAAAUCAUGAGAAAAUGCUUUCGCGAGCCAAUGGAGCGUUUUCCGGGAAUGAGUCCAGUUGAACUUGAUUGUAUUUUUCGAAAUCUUGAUCAAUUAAUCAAUUUACACACUCAAUUUAAAUAUGCACUACGACAACAUCGUGAUGAAGCAAAAGAUCAUGUUGUUCGUCAUAUUGGUGACUUAAUCCUGAAAUUUCUUGAUGGCGAAAAGGGCGAACAAUUUGCUGGCGCAUGUGCGUAUUUCAUCGAAGAUCAAUCCCAAGCUUUGAAAUUAAUCAAAAAGAAAGAACAAUCAGCUGAUUUUGCUUUAUUAAUGCGAACAUGCGAAUCCAAUCCGUUAUGUCGUCGAUUAACUCUAAAAGAUUAUCUUCCAUCAGUAAUGACGCGUUUCACCAAAUUGAAAAUGUUAUUCGAAGCAAUGAAAAAAUUUGUGUCCGACGAUGAAGUUGAAAGUGAAAAACUGAGCAAAUGUGUCGAAUGUGCUGAUAGUAUUUUGAAACGAAUGAACUAUGCACGUUUGAAAAAAGAACAAGAAGCUUUACUGAAACAAAUCAAAGCCAAUCUGGAACUUCAAAUUCCUAAUGAUGAUAAAUCCAUCAAUCUACAAAAUCUCCAGGAUUGUCUCGAAGUUACAAACAAUCGCUUGAUCUAUUCCGGUACGUUGAAAUUAUUACCGGAUACAACAGCACAAAAAACCGAAUUCGAAUGUUGUCUUUUCACGGACAUUUUCGUUUUCUUUCAAAAAAUUCCCGUUCAACCAUCCGAACAACGCGGUAUCGAAGAAACAUAUCGUUAUAUUUUGAAAGAACAUCAACGCGAUGCAAACAGUGGACGACACACCCGACCACGUACGGCAGUACCUGGAACACGAUUCACUGCAGCACAAAAUUUCAUUCUCACACCGAUUAUUCGAUUGGAACAUUUAUUAAUUAAGAAGAAAGCUUGCGGAGGUGCUCGUUCUUUCUACGUCAUUGAUACAGAUAAAAAACAAUUGAUCGAAGUCGAAGCUAAUUCCAAAGAUGAUUUAGAAAAAUGGUUAGAAUGGAUCGAAAAAGCUCGAAAACGUUUUGACAAACCGAAAUCGUCACUUUCAACGUCGAGUGAAAAGAAUCCUAAUUCAUCAAUCUCUUCUCCAUCAGCCGUAUCAUCGACGUCUACAACAACAAUAACACCCCGAUCAGUAGUCAUCGAAGAACAAACAAACAUGCAGUUAGUUGAUCCAAAUCAAGUGAAAAUAACUGAUAAACAAACGUUAAUUGAAGAUACACCUGAAUCGUUAUGUAAUGCAAUCAUUGAAAAAGACAAAGAAUUAGAACGUUUAUUACAUGAAAAAGAAAUGCUUCUGUCGCGUCUGCUCAAUAUUCCUCAAGAUCAAAUCAAAGAUUCACCAGGAAAUAUUGCUUUAACACAUUCGACAAAACCAGCAUCGUCGCUAGAAGCGAUUACACAUGCAGCGAGUUGUCAUAAUCAAUUGAUGCAAACGAUUAGCCAAACACAAAAUCGAGCAGCACGAGAAAAGAAAGCAUCGGCUGUGGAACUUCAGUCCUUGUGGACACCAUUAACACAACUCGGCGAACAGUUGAGUUUCGCUUUGAAAUUAACAAAUCAGCGAAAACAAGAUGCUCCGAUUGCUCGAGAUUACCGAUCACAUACUUCAGACACCCAAAAUUCAGUUUUACGACGAAAUAGUAGCAGUUCCAGUAGUACAUUAACAAUGACACCAUCAAUGCUUAGUAACAUAUCUCAACCGUACUCCGAUCUGAAAGAUUCAAUGUCAAUGUCGUCACUCCACUCAUCGGAAUCACUUGGCUCAGUCGCUAUUCCAGCACAACAUCAAACAUACAAUGAUAUGCCACAUUUUCAAAUACGAUUACCUUUAGCUAACGAACAAUUAUCGUCAAUAACCGAUUUAGAUGAAACAAUGAAAUCUGUUCCAUCGACCAACAAACGUCAACAAUUGCAUAUGGCUACCGAAGUUGUUGAACGGUAUGAUGAAGGUGUUUUCGACGAUGGUGCUACCAGUCAAACUGAAGAAGAUGAAAAUAACAGUGUGGUGAUUGCCGAUAGUGACGAUGAAGACGAAAUAGAACAUUUCGAUUCUACUGACAGUAUUAUCGCUGCUGUUGAACAUGCUCAACAAUCGAAUAAUUACCUAAUGCAAAUGAAUAAUAUCCAAACAAAUUUAGAUAAUUCAAAUACAUCAACGGAAGCUCAAACUGUUAAUAUCGACAUGUUUGAUGAGGAAGUCUAUGACAAUGUCAAAUCCAAUAAUUCGUCAAUAACAGAUGAUAAUGACAAUCACACUAUACGAAAUUCUGCCAGCAAUGCGUGA